GGGCGGGCGCGCCUAUGGCGUUUCUAAGGUGACACUGUCCUCCCGACUUUUCCCCAGGGCGGAGGAAAAGCCCAUGAACUCUUCGGCGACCUUGUUCUCCGGGCGCCAGAACAUCGGGUCAGAAGCUGAGAUUUCCACUAUUGAGAAACAGCGGAAAGAACUGCAGCUGCUAAUUGGAGAAUUAAAAGAUCGAGAUAAAGAGCUCAAUGAGAUGGUCACAGUACAUCAGAGGCAACUUCUCUCAUGGGAGGAGGACCGGCAGAAAGUGCUGACUUUGGAAGAGCGUUGCAGCAAAUUAGAAGGUGAACUGCAUAAAAGAAGUGAAAUCAUCAGGUCCCUCACAAAGAAAGUGAAAAGCUUGGAGACAAAUCAAAAUGAUUGCCAGGUGACUCUUCAGAAGACUCAGCAACAACUGCAGGAGAUGGCUCAGAGGGCAACCCAUGCGUCUCUCCUCUCAGAAGACCUCGAGGGUAGAAACCAAAAUCUCAGCAGCACGUUAGUGGACCUUUCUGCCCAGGUAGGACAGUUACAAGCGCGAGAACAAGCACUCACCACAAUGAUAAAGCUAAAGGAUAAAGAUAUCAUCGAGGCAGUGAACCACAUUUCAGACUGUUCGAGCAAGUUUAAAGUUCUGGAGCAUGCGCUUCGGGAUGCCAAGGUGGUGGAGGCCAGCAUAAUGAAGGAAAAGCAAGAUUGCAAGCAGAAAUUAAAAACACUUAAGAUUGAAAUUAAUAAGCUGAAAGAGGAGCUGAAUGAAAAGACAACAGAAAAUAAUGACCAGCGAGAAGAGAUCAUUCGCCUCAAGCAAGAAAGAAAUUACCUUCACGAUGAGUUGGUUCUUACUGCAGAAAGAGAAAAGAGGAAGGAUGAUUUGCUAGAUAUUGCAAAGUCAAAGCAAGAGCGGACAAACACGGAACUGCACAAUCUGAGACAGAUCUACGUGAAACAGCAGCGGGACCUGCAGUUUCUUCACUUCAAUGUGGAAAAUUCUCAGGAAUUCUUACAGCUAUAUGACUCAAAGAUGGAGGAAUCCAAGGUCCUCGAAUCUAGCGGAAACAUGUGUUUGUCAGACCUUGAAACUAGCCACUCCAAAGCCGCUGUUAAGAGGGAGAAAGAGCAGAAGUUACUGGUUAAGGACCAAACAUUUGAGACCCUGUUGAUUCAGCAAAACAGGUCCGACAAGAGCUCUUACGAUGUUUGCAAAGAGAAGAAACUGCAGGUUAGCCCCUCCUUUGGGGAAAAAGGUGUAACAACUCUUUCAUCUCUGUUUGCAAAAGACUCAGUGGAGAAGCCAAAGUCUUGGUCUCUGGGAGGAAAACUCCAAAUUGAACCUGAGAACAAAGGCCUGUUCUGUAAGAUCCAUACAAAAUCACCCAAAGCUGGCGAGUCGGGGACUUCAAACCAAGAGAAACACCUGUCUGAGGUGUGCUUAGCUGAUGAAAAGCAGUGGCAUGAUGUCAGUGUGUACCUGGGCCUGGUUCCCCUCUCCGACUCCAGACCACCUGAAAAGCCCAGUGAGGACUGUCAGGAGCCAAAGGACAGGCCGGAGACAUCUUACCGCCCGAACAGUGAGGCCUGUCUGAGCGAAAGUGACAUCUUUGAAUCCAAGUGCUGCCGCCCAAGCAACUUUGUGGUUGAGGCCCCCGGGUACAUGUCUGAUGUCCAGUGGAUGAGCCUUUUCAAGCCGUAUAAAGUAGACAGACUCGUCCGCCAGAAAGCUAUAUGCACGUGCUCCGAGAGCAUCAGUGGGGUGAAGUUCCGCUCCUCGGCCAGUGAACCCGUCAUCACCGUGCAUCAUGCCUCGUGCUUGGUUGCUUCAAGUUCUACGUUAAGAGAGGAUGAGAAGUUCGUAGGGACAGACCCUUCUUUGGAUAAAAAGAAUUCUUCUAAGGUUCUGUUAAUCCCCCAAGAGGCAGUGCUGCCCAGUGAAAAGGGCAAUUGUUCUCCUACAAGUAAGCUUCAGCGUUUGCUGGCCGAGUCCCGUCAGAUGGUGUCUGACCUGGAGCUGAGCACACUGCUGCCCCUCAGCUCCGAGAACCUCAGCAGCAGUGACCAAAACAUCUUAGAAGUCUCAGAAGAGUCAGCUGAUGGAAAUGCCUUAGUAAGUAAUUGAAGAAAACAAAAGCCAACUUCAGUCAUCAGUGUGGUCAUGGUGUUCCGUUUUCAGGCUAACCAUUUUCCUGUGUUAGGAGCAUGUCUGCAAAGCAGGAAUCAUGCAGCACGAUGACAACAACAACGACGAGACUCUUCCGUAAAGGGAGGGCUCGAGGAGCAGCCCUCCCCAGGGGACCCUCAGCUGGAGCAGGGGCCCAGCUCCUUCAGGCUAGGCACCAUGCGACCUUACUCUCUGCAGCUCUCAAGCCUGGGCAGCCCUUGGGGUGGAAACCAUAUAAUCAAAGUUCACGGACGGCGCUCUUCUUUCAUGAUGUGAGUUCUGCGCCUGCUGUGUCAGCACACGGAGGAAGGACUUGCAACUGGCCAAAGCUCCCAGUGCUGAGCAGCGGGGGUCUUCCUGCCUACUGUACAUACGCAAGCUUGCUAGAGGAUCAGGUUUAUGUGCGUGUUUGGGUUGUGCGCUUUUUUUAUCAUUAAAGACUAAAACCCUUUAACUUUUAAUUGUAAAGGGAUUUUUCAAAAACCGAAUGUCUGCUUUGAUAAUCGACCUGCUCUGUCAAUAAAUAGUAUUUUUAAUAGUAAAGAAAA